CUCUUGAUAUGUAACUGUGUUGCUCCUCUUGUGACCUCAAACUGGAAUAGAUACAACUUCCAGCUCUGGAACUCCAGUGACUGUUCCAAGUGUACAUCAGGAACUUCACCAUCUGAUUCAAGUUCCUAUCCUAAUAGAAACUUGGGCAUUUACCUGUCUGAAGUCAUUUAGCAACCAUAAUCAGGAAGUUUGCAAUAUGUGUGUGUCAUCAACCAAAACUUAGGAACAACAUCAACACUCCAGAAAGUGAAGCUCUACGAGAAUGGUUACUGCAAAAUGAAGAUAAAAUACAAGCUCUGAUUAGCGAGAAUUCUGACGCUCCUCUUGCACCCUCAAUGAAAGAACCAACUAUGGAAGACGUCAUACCAAUCAAUUCACUUCUAACCGCUGGAAAGAAUACAUCAUCGUUUUGGAUUAAAGCAUCUGCUAAAAUAGCAAACUUCAGCCAAAAAUUCUGGUACACUGGUUGCAAUACAUGUUGGAGGGCAAUACAAGCGGACCACGGCCAAACAUUUAACUAUAGAAACUGCUCGGGACAAGAACGUGUUGUAGAAGCAAGAUGCCGUUUUUCCAUAGAACUCAAAGACUCACCUGGUGCCAUUUCAGCAACCAUCUUUGGAAAAAUUGCAGAAGAAGUUUUUGCAAUGGAUGUUCAAAAGCUUAUGCAAUUUAGUGACAAGACAAUAAGAUUGAUACAACUGCUCUGGGAAUUUGGUCACUCACUAAAGAGUACUACUUCCAACUAAAGCCAAACAGAAACAACGAAAAUCAAUACAUCAUCAUAAAGGCUUUGGACAAGCUGCAACAAGACCAUGCAAAGGAAGCACCAAAAACGACCCCUCCCAAACAAGAAAAUGAAAACAAUGUUCUCCAGAACACAAGCAAUUAUGUAUACUCUUCUUCUCUUUCCAAAAAUCUUAGAGUCUAGCUUUACCCCUUACAAUGCCAGCAAUUCUUUUUUUUCUUUUUUUUUUAACAUUUGACAUUUGACAUUUGACAUUUGACAUUUGUUGAAAUAGAAGCAUGUUUCUUUAGCUUCUCAUAGAAAUUAGAGAGAGUUUUCAUGUACCCAGUAAGGCAGUAACAACAGGGGAACAUGGGAGCUAUCAAUCCUUUAUCCCUCCUCUCCCCCUCCUCUCUUCUUUGUUCAGUUACUGUUUAUCAUUUGUUUUGUUUUCUUUGGGAUCUUGUAAGCUAGGAUAAAUGUGCUAUUAAACUCAUUUCUGUUUCCAUCCAUCAAAACCAAGAUGGACUAAUGGACUAUCUUGCUUCAACAACUUAUCCACGAGACUAAUGACCACUUGCUAUACCUAUAUAUCUUUAUAAAUAAAAUUACCGAUCAAUUAGUUGAUUGCUAAUUUAUCCUAACUUACUUCAU